AGGAGGUUUCGUGAGGUUUCGGCUUUUUCCGGGAGAUAACAGUCAGUUAGCUAGCUAACUUGAUUAGCCUGCAACUGCAGCCAAUGUUUCUAUGAUAUUUAAUGUCAACCGAGUGGGAGUGGAUUAUACAACUAUAAUUGAAUGAUGGCGGACGUCGAGGGACAAGACAUUUGUUCGCCGGUCCCUCCUCUGCCUCACCCUACAUCCUGCAGCGGCGCGGAUAGCGGUAACGUUACUCCAGACGCCGGCGGCGGUGGUGUCCAGACCCCAGCUACUGUUACCUCGGGCCCACGACCGGUUCGAAUUGUGAAGUCGGACUCGGGCUACGGUUUCAAUGUCCGGGGACAAGUUAGUGAAGGAGGGCAGCUCCGAAGCAUUAACGGGGAACUGUACGCGCCACUGCAGCACGUUAGUGCUGUCCUACCGGGGGGAGCCGCUGACAGAGCAGGCAUCUCCAAGGGUGACAGGAUCCUCGAGGUCAAUGGUGUGAACGUGGAAGGGGCUACGCACAAGCAGGUGGUGGAUCUGAUCCGCGCCGGCGAGAGAGAGCUGGUGCUCACCGUGCUGUCUGUGCCGCCACAGGAGGCUGACUGUCUGGAUCUGGGCGACGACGGAUCAGCCCAGUCCUGUUAUGACUACUCUGACAAGCAAGCCGUUCCCAUCUCCAUUCCCAGCUACAAACACACGGAUCUCAACAGCGAAAAGUUUGUGGUAUAUCAUGUCUACAUGGCAGGGAGACAGCUGUGUUCCAAGCGCUACCGGGAAUUUGUGAUUUUGCACCAAAACCUGAAGAGGGAAUUUGGCAGUUUUGCAUUUCCGAAGCUGCCUGGGAAAUGGCCGUUUUCUCUGUCGGAGCAGCAGUUGGAUGCGCGACGCAGAGGCUUGGAGGAAUACUUGGAGAAAGUAUGCUCUGUACGGGUAAUAGGAGAAAGCGACAUUAUGCAGGAGUUUUUGUCUGAAUCAGAUGAGAAUUAUAAUGGGGUGUCAGAUGUGGAACUGAGAAUAGCAAUGCCCGAUAAAACUACACUCACAGUCAGAGUUCGCAAAAACUCUACAACAGACCAAGUGUAUCAGGCCGUAGUUAUGAAACUUGGGAUGGACAGCGUAACAGCCAGUUACUUUGCUCUGUUUGAGGUCAUCAACCACACAUUUGUGCGUAAGCUUGCGCCCAACGAGUUCCCCCACAAACUAUACGUACAGAACUAUACCUCAGCCAUUCCUGGAACCUGCCUCACCCUGCGGAAGUGGCUUUUCACAACAAAAGAAGAGGUUCUGCUCAAUGAAAACCUGCUUGCCGUCAGCUACUUCUUUCAUCAGGCUGUUGACGACUUGAAGAAAGGAUUCGUGAAAGCUGAACAGAAGUCCUACCAGUUACAGAAACUCGCAGAGCAAAAGAAAAUGGCCACGUACCUGAGUUUGUUGAGGAGCUGUGAAGGCUACAAUGAAAUCAUCUUCCCUCACUGUUCUUGCGACUCCCGGCGGAAAGGCCACGUAAUCACAGCCAUCAGUAUACAGCACUUCAAGCUGCACGCCUGUACAGAAGAUGGCACACUAGAGAACCAGGUUAUUGCAUUUGACUGGGCCGAGAUGCAGAGGUGGGACACAGAUGAAGAGGGCAUGGCUUUCUGCUUCGAAUAUGCAAGAGGUGAAAAGAAACCGCGCUGGGUAAAGAUAUUUACACCAUAUUUUAACUACAUGCACGAGUGCUUUGAGAGAAUCUUCUGUGAGCUCAAGUGGAGAAAGGAGGUAGAAGAAGAGGCAACAGAUAAGGACAACAAGAACUGCAGUAAAGAUGGUAUGUGUGGAAAGAAUAUUUUCCAGCUGCUGAGGCACAGACGGGAUGGGGGUACGUAGGAAGAGAGAUCAUCGCCUCUUAGCUACAGAGGCGAUCCGGUAACAGCAGAGUUUCGGCCCUGACCGUGCCGCCGCAGCACUUGGCUGCUAAUUACAAAGACGUCAUUUAAACUCCAUUUACCAUAAUAGAAGAAGCUACCACCUAUGAGCGAACUAGCAAACGUCCCUUCAGCCCAGGAGAGAACAUGAUAGAAAGGAAACUAAUAUGGCUACAUGGCUGGAAAGGUUUGAAUCCGGAAUCCCAGAACUAUAAUUUAAUCAAGAGUUUGGGCGAUGAUAGACUCGAAGCGAUGGAUUCAUGCAAGCUUUCCUUCUGUUUCUUUUUAUUGCCUUUGGAUGCUGAAGCUGAAAUGGAACUUGAUGUUCUGUGAAAUUAACAGAUGAAGGUAAAAGCACUUAAAGAAGGAACGCCGUCAAUGAUGAGUCAGUUUACAUGCACACCAAACAAAAUCUGAGUAUUAGCUGGCUUCUUGAGUAACCAGAUUAUUCAAGUGAUCAUGUUAAAAACCAGGAUCUGGCAUCCUUAAUCUGAUAAUAGUUGUCUGACAUUUAGAUAUUUGAUUAACACCCAGAUUUCUCCGUAUUAAUGACAUUUCUUCCUGCAUGUGCAUUUGUUCAUCUGAUUUAGGUUUUUUUUUCCUUUGUAUCUCAGAAUGUGAAAAAGAAAAACGGGAAUAAUUAUGGAAAGUGAGAGUCAAAAUUCAAGUAGAAAACAAAAAAUGACCAAGGACAAAUAUGUAAAACCCAACGGCCAUUUUUCUGUCAUGGGGUAUGAAUGAAGGACAGCUGAAGUAUGUAAUCAAAUUUACAGAUCUGAAACCCCGGUAGGGCGGCUUUGACACGCUGGUCAUGACUAACUUGAAAGCUUGAGUCCCUUCAACCACACAGACACACAACAAAAUCUGAUAAGGGAUGUAAACCAGGGCUUAUUAUUGUUGUGCCAGAUAAUGAAGAGCAUACAAACACAUUAGAUCUGAUGACUGCAGUUACAAUGGGACUAAAACGCUUUUGUCAGGCUAUGAUUCUAAAAGUUGUUAACUCUUAAAAUGAGAUGGGUCUAUAAAGUUUAUCAUAAAAACAUUUCAACUGUGACAGACUGAAAAAAAUCCAGGAAAUCACAUUGUAUGAUUAAAAACAUAAUAAUAAUUUAUAUGUAUAAUGAUGCAGAAAUUAAGUAUUUGGGCAAUAAUAAAAGUUCACCUUAAUACUUUAUGUAACCCUGGUUGUUGAUGACAAAGAUCAAAGGUUUCCUGUAGGUCUCCACCUGGUUUGCUUUGUAGCUACUAUUUUGGUCCAUUCUACCAUGCAGAUCUUCUCAAGAGUUUUGAUGUUUUGCGACAUAGAUUUUCCACUCCCUCCACAGAUUCUCUUCUGGAUUGAGGUCCAGAGACUGGCUAGAGCCCUCCAGAAUGUUGGAAUGAUUUUUAAGUAGCCACUCCAUCAAUACCUGGGUAAUGGGUUUGGGAAUAUUGACAUGCAGGGAGAUAAAUUUCAUUUUCCAUGCUUUCACUGAUGGAAGAAGGUUUUUGACCAAAAUGCCCUCAUUCAUCCCUUCUCUUUUGUCAAAUCAGUCAUUCUGCCCCCUACUUCUCUGCCCUGCUGUUUUUGACUCACUCAUGGUUAUCAGAUAGUUAUGAUGGUGUACACAGGCCCAAUAAAAGGGACUCUGAAACGCUGGCAGAUACCUUCCAUUACCUUUAACUGAGGGGAAGAUCUUUGUCAUCUGUUUGUGGAGAGAUGUGUUUGCCUCAAAAAGUGAGGGAAAAAUCAGACUUUGGUGCUGUAAUGAAGCCCUUUUCAGACAUCAGAUACUUAACAUUAAUGGGUUCAACUGUUGGCAUUCCUUCAUUUGAGUAAGAGGUUUGCCAUUUACUUGACACUCUGGAUUCCCAGCUUCUCAUGAGCACAUAAUAAUAUACUAACAGUUUGUCUGAUUAGGCAGCAGUGUUAGUUAUUCAAUCACACUUAUAGGUCUUUCCAGUUUGUCAUUGUAAAAAAAAAAGCAUUAUAUGAUAGUGAGCAUGCUGCAUAAGAAGAAUGUUAGUCGGUUAGGAAGAGAAUACAUUGAUUUAAGGCACACAGAGGAGGAGUCUCAGCUUUUGCAACUCUAGGUUUGAACUUUUCUUGUAUUUAUUUAGGGCAUUGACAAAUGUCUGAAAGGGGCUUAAAUAACUACUAAGUCAUCUGACACUUAAAUGUCGGGUUGGAAUUUUAAAAACUUCCAAAAAACGUCCUCUCGUUCUGGAUUAUUUAGUCUUAUUUUCCACCUUUGGGUGCACACUGAUCAGGGCACAAUUAAAGAGUUUCAAUGAAUCUUGCACUUUAUCUGACAGUAAGAAGCAUUUAAUUGUAUUUAAAAUGCAACUUGGAAAGUCCUCAUGUGAACUAAAUACUGGAAUACGAUUAUUCCAGUGUGUACUGACAGUAUUAUGUGAACAAUCCAUGCAGGGUUAUGUGGAGCUGCAAUGUGGACCUCGAGUGACUUUGUUUCUGUUUUCUGCGUUCAUUACUCAGAACAGACAGUAGGAGUCCUUCUCCUCCUUCAGUCUCUCUGGGCCACAGUUAUUACUUUGUCUCCUGAAUUUCCCUGCAGGAUUUCUAAUAGGCUUCUAAUUCAAGUGGAAUUUCCAUGCAACAGUAUUAUCUCUGCGUCUGGUACUCUGGCGUCAUCUACUGAGGAUUCAGGCUAAGUGGGGCGAGGCUCUCUCACUAGAAGAAAUGAGUUUCAUCCCUGUAUUACAAGAUAAAUGCAGCUCUCAGUCACUAAAGACUUUUUCACAGCUGACUAUAUUACUGUGAUGCAAUCAAAUGAAUGAAAUGAAGGUUAUUAUUUUCUCUAAACUGAUGCAGUUAGUGUUUAAACAAAAGAAAAUGUUCAUAAUCUGAGAUGGAAAAACGGUUUAAACCUUAUUAUGAAAUCAGACACUAUAGAUAUUUAAAAGAACUACAAGAAAUACUAUUUCCUCUUCAAACAUCACACAACUGACCUUUAAAUUAAGAUGUCUUGAUUCAAAGAAUGUAAUAUUGACACUUUAUUGAGUAGGUUUGAUGCUGUUUGACCAAUUUUGAGUGUUUUUCUUUGAUAACCUUUUGUACCUGCUUUUUAAUGUUGAAGAGACUGAUACAAACACAUCUGUUGAUACUGCUAUUAUUCAAGUGGUGCAACAUCACUGGGAUGCAUUAUCAUUUUUAUGAAGAGAAAAACCCACACCCCCAUAAUAUGGGGUUAGAGAUUUUGCUUCUAUUCAGUUAGUAUUAGGUGUUGGUGUGUUGGUCAGGAGAAAGUUGUGAAUUCAAACUAGUUGUUCUCAGAAAAGGUGGUUGCUGGGCUGCUCCUCACCAAAGCUAUUUUAGGUUGAUUAAUGAGUUUAAACAGCUCUCUGGGAGCCUGCAGGGGGUUUAAUUGAAAACGUUGAGCUGAGAGAUUCGAACGUGCACUUUCUAAUUCUCUUGAUUUUUCUCCCCUGCCCACCCAACCGAGUCUGCUGUUGUCGACCGCUGGUCACCACACGUCUCUCUCUGUUCCGGUUCUGAACGUGGUCGCAUUUCAAUGUAUUUAUUUUAGUACCACAGUGUUUGAAUUCCGAUGAGACAGUAAAGCUAUGAAAGAGUCUUCAUAGGAGGAAAAUGGAAAAGCGACAAGUUUCUCGACAUGCUGAAUUGUUACAUUUAAAGAAGAUGCAUUGCUUACUGUAAUAAAUUGUAACAUAUUCUUUUGAAUAAACUGCUUUAUUGAUGCAA